AUGGCUUGGAGACUUUUGGUCCCAGACUUGGUGCUCCAGGACCGCUCCACAUGGCAGGAGAUGUUGAGCUUCAUCGACUGUCUGUUUCUUAUUGACAGUAAUGCCAGUUACUUGAGAGCAGCCCGGGCAGGGAACCUAGAGAAGGCUUUGGAUUACCUGAAGACCGGGGUCGAAAUCAACAUCUGUAACCAGAAUGGCCUCAACGCCCUCCAUCUGGCCUCUAAAGAAGGCCAUGCCGAGGUGGUCACACAACUCAUCAAGCUGGGAGCCAAUGUGGACGCUGCAACUAAGAAAGGGAACACAGCUCUCCACAUAGCGUCUCUGGCUGGUCAGGUGGAUGUAGUGAAGGAGCUGGUGAGCAGCGGAGCUAACAUCAACGCACAAUCUCAGAAUGGCUUCACUCCUCUGUACAUGGCUGCUCAGGAGAAUCAUCAGAAGGUGGUCAGAUACCUGCUGGACCAUGGCUCCACACAGGGCAUCGCUACAGAGGAUGGCUUCACGCCCCUGGCGGUGGCGUUGCAGCAGGGACAUGAACAGGUGGUUUCUCUGCUCCUGGAGAAUGACACUAAAGGAAAGGUCCGGCUCCCGGCGCUCCACAUCGCCGCACGGAAGGACGACACCAAGGCUGCUGCCCUGCUGCUCCAGAUCGACCACAACGCAGAUGUCGAGUCCAAGAUGAUGGUGAAUAGGACCACAGAGAGUGGCUUUACUCCGCUGCACAUUGCUGCUCACUACGGCAACAUCAACGUGGCAACGCUCCUCCUCAACCGCGGCGCUGCCGUGGACUUCAAAGCCAGGAAUGACAUCACACCGCUGCACGUGGCUUCUAAGAGAGGGAAUGGCAACAUGGUGAAAGUUCUGCUGGAGAGGGGAGGCACGAUAGACGCCAGGACUAAGGACGGUCUGACUCCUCUCCACUGUGGCGCCAGGAGCGGACAUGAACAGGUGCUAGAGAUGCUGCUAGACAGAGGAGCUCCCAUCCUGUCCAAAACUAAGAACGGUCUGUCUCCCCUCCACAUGGCCACCCAGGGGGACCAUCUGAACUGUGUUCAGCUCCUGCUACACCACGAGGUUCCUGUUGAUGAUGUCACCAACGACUAUCUGACGGCCCUGCAUGUCGCCGCCCACUGCGGACACUACAAGGUCGCCAAGGUCAUUGUGGACAAGAAGGCCAAUCCCAACGCUAAAGCACUGAAUGGUUUCACUCCGCUCCACAUCGCCUGCAAGAAGAACAGAAUCAAAGUGAUGGAACUGCUGCUGAAACACGGAGCGUCUAUACAGGCAGUGACCGAGUCGGGUCUCACUCCGAUCCAUGUGGCGGCUUUCAUGGGACACGAUAACAUCGUCACUCAGCUGACGAAUCAUGGAGCUUCGCCAAACACAACUAAUGUGAGGGGAGAGACGGCGCUCCACAUGGCAGCGAGGGCCGGCCAGGCUGGCGUGGUCAAAUACCUGGUUCAGAGCGGAGCCAGAGUGGAGGUCAAGGCCAAGGACAACCAGACCCCACUCCACAUCUCCAGUCGUCUGGGGAAGCCUGACAUCGUGCUGUAUCUGCUGCAGAAUGGGGCGUGUCCUGACGCCACUACCACCUCUGGCUACACCCCCCUACACCUGGCUGCCAAAGAGGGACACAGAGACGUCUCCUCAGUCCUCCUUGAUCAGGGGGCUUCUCCAGACAUCACUACCAAG